AUGCGUCUCCAAACCUUUGUCUGGGGCAGCGCAGCCCUGUUACUUUCGAGCACAGGUCUCUCUACAGCUGGCGUGCCUGAUUGCCCCAACGGAUUCCAGGUUAUCGAACUUCAGCCUUAUGAAGUCAUUUGUGAUGGAACCACCUCGGCUUCCACUCGCACUAGGGCUUAUACUAUUCCAUUCGAGCCUCUGGGUACCAAUCCUCCUGGCCAAAACGGCACUCCUGGACCGCCCAAUGGUCCUGGGAAGCCUCAGAUCCCAGGUCAACCCGCAACUUUAGCAAACCCCAACCCGCCACCUGUUCAGCCAAAUCCCCCAGGGCAACCUCAGGUACCAGGUCAACCCAUUGUUCCUGGCCAUCCUGGAAGUCCCAAUGAGCCGGAAUCUCCCCCUGGUGUUGUCACCAUCACCAUUACUGGCAUACCUCCCCCGCUGAAGACUGAGGGUAUCCCUCCGCCGAGAGGGGGUUUCCGGACCAUCACUGAAUACGUAUUCCCUCCCCCAGUCCCUGGAACUACCACGUCCUUCGUGACAGGCCCAACUCCUGGAACAACGACCGUUCCGCCAGCUCCUGGCUGCUCAGACUCCGAUUGUAUUCAUACCAUCGUGGUAACUGUCCCGGGACCUAUCCCCAGUCUUACUACCACAAUUACAACGACCCCACGAGCGCCAGGCACGAGCACGGUCGUAGUCACAGGCCCUCCCCCUUUGGAUACUCCAAAUACAAGAUUUAUAACGACCACUGUCCCAGGAACUACUCCUGGAACCAUCACUAUCCCCCCAGCUUCGAAUUGUAAGACCUCAUGCGUGGAAACUGUGGUGGUCACGACUGUUCCCACAACGCCACCCAACACUGCCAUCACAUUGACUGAGGUCUGCACGGCUACAACCUUCUGCGAGCCCAUUACCAUUACGCCUCCGGUGGAUUGUGUGCGUCCUUGUACAACGACGGUCAUUACCUACCCUCCCAACACACCAUCCUUCACUACGACGCCGCCUGAUAUUGUCACGACAAUCAUGGGGACUUGCACUAGCACAGGCUCUUGCGAGCCCGUCAUUACUAUUCCGCCUGCGAAUAACUGCAAGCACCCAUGCACAACGACAGUCAUUACCUACCCUCCCAGGACACCAUCCCUCACGACUACACCUCCGGAUGUCAUCACCACUAUCACUGAGCCAUGUCCUAGUACUGGAACCUGUGAGCCUGUGGUUACUGUGCCACCCCCCAGUGACUGCACUCGCCCCUGCACAACAUCGGUGUUUGUCCGCCCUUCUAGCUCAGUGUCUCUCACAACUACGCCCCCUCCUAACAUCAUCACAACUAUCACUGAGCCAUGUCCCAGUACCGGAACCUGCGAGCCUGUGGUCACGGUACCACCCCCCAGUGAUUGCACUCGCCCCUGUACAACAUCGGUGUUUGUCCGUCGCUCAACCAGUUCAUCAGAGGCUCCCUCUAGCACUACAGACGGAUCUUCGUCGACGGAAGAGCCGUCUACGACAACAGUGACAUCCUCAACACAAGACCCUACUACAUCCGAAGAGUCCACAACCACCGAGGAGACCACCACGUCAACCACAAGCGAGGACUCUACUACCUCUCAAGAGCCUACAACUACUCAAGCGUUUACGACCACAACAGAGUCUACCACGUCCCAAGGGCCCACAACCUCUGAUGAGACUACCACACCGGCAGAGUCAACCACGUCUGAGGAGUCAACCACAUCUGCCGAAUCCACAACCACCACAGUACCAACCACAACGGAUGCACCCACAAGCACUGAGGAAUCUACAACUUCCGAUACCCCAUCAACAACAACAUCGGAAACCCCGCCCUGCACGCCAGGCCUCGAAUGGGCGUUCUAUAACUUUGAACAGGCCCCUGACGGGGAAACCAACCCUGGUCAGAUCCCAUAUCAUCCUACUGAGCAGACUACAACCUGGUCACAGCAAACAUUCCAGAUUGGCACUUCUCUUAGCGGGCAAUCCCCAGGAUCAAGGGGAACAACCACGACUGUUGGCAUACCGAGCCAGGAUCAGACCUUUACUGUCUACGGCACAGAUACUGGCACAAAUGCCCAGUACAACAUCGUGCAGCACACUGGCUACUUCCACCCCAACAAGGUUGGCACAUACACUUUCAAUCUCCCAGGCGAUCAGCUAGACGAUGUCGUAUACACUUGGAUCGGAGAUCCGGCAAGGUCGGGAUACAAUAACGGCAAUGCCUACUACAUCGCCGAUUACUACGCACCUACUUCGAGGUCCUUCACCUACGAUGUCCAGAAUGCCGGAGACUACAUCCCGUUCAGGUUGUCGUGGGUCAACGCUCAGCAGGGUGGUGGCUUUGGCUUUUCCGUUGAGGAUCCCGAUGGCAAUGUUAUCCUGUCUGACAGUACUCCAACCACUGAUGGACAAUUCGUCAAUGGAUGUGCUAACUCUGUUGAUGCCCCUCCUUUUGAUUUUUGA